AUGGCCGGAAUCGGUCACCUCUUGCCUGAGACCGGAGUCAUUGGGCUAUAUCCUUCCAGUGAGCUGCUCUACCGUCGCUUCAAUCAUCACCAGGCCAACGCCUUUGGUCGCGAGAUGACCCAGAUGAGCGACGUGAAAAUCUGUCAAGGCACCCACAUCUGGGGAGCUGAGGGUCAGAAUCUGCGGAGAACAUGCACAUCGGCACCUCAAUAA